UUAAGAGACACUCACAUAGCAGAAAAUCCCCUUCAGUACCGAACCAAACUCACGCUUCCCAACACCAUGAGCUACUACGGCAGCUACUAUGGAGGCCUGGGCUACGGCUAUGGCAGCUUCGGAGGCCUGGGCUCUGGCUACGGCUGUGGCUGUGGCAGCUUCGGCAGACUGGGCUGGGGCAGUGGCUUUGGAGGCUACGGCUAUGGCUCUGGUUAUGGAGGCUACGGCUACGGUUCAGGCUUCGGAAGAUACGGAUAUGGCUGCUGUCGUCCAUCUUGUUACGGAGGCUAUGGAUUCUCAAGAUUCUACUGAAUACUUGAGAAUCUGAAGGCUCUUUCUUUAUCUUCCAUGCUCUUGACUUUAGAAUUGGGAACACUCUUCUUGGAUGCAGAGAAAAUAACCAUCACUUACCGACUUCAUGCCCCAGAAAGGAACUAGUCAUUCUUUGAACUGAAAUCAUUUGGAAAAUUCCUAUUUAAUUAGAACCUGACCCAUUAUUAUUGUGUCGGAAGCGUCUAUCAUGACUAUGUCUACUCUGUAUUUGCAAAUGUUUUCUCAAUAAAGUACUUACCUGGCA